AUGAAUCGUAUGACAAAAUCAUUUCAAGACGAAAUUAUUCUCAAUAACAAAACGAAUGACAAUGAAGAACUAACAUCGACGAGUGAUGAAAUCAAUCCUGAAGAUCCUGUCACAGAAGUUUUAUUUCUUCUCACACAACUUCAGACAUCGAUUGAUCAUUGUUUAAACGUAUAUCGAAGAAGCCUUUUUCAAUUUCUCUUAAUGCAUAAAGCAGAUUUACGCGGGAUUUUAUUCUCGAAUAUUCCGUUAACAAAAGAACGAAUUAAUUCUCAUGCGAGAAAAUUAUCGAAAAUCUUUCAUCCUGAUAGAACAACAAAUGAAACGGAUAAAAAUGAUUUUCGGGAAAUCUUUCAGUGCAUUAUCAGUUGCAAAGACGAUCUAUUAAAUGAAUUAACACAAAAUGGAACAAUUUGCGACAAAGAACUGGUUCGAAGAUACAAAACCGAAGGGCUAAAAUUAUGGGAAAUCGCUCGAGAUUACAGUCGAGCAAGAAAUAACAAUUGGAAAGACUGUGUUCACUUGAAUGAAGAUCAAUUAAAAAAUCACACAGAAGCUGAAUUAAAAAAACUUCAAAAAACCUAUUCUCUAUUAGCAUAUGAACAAUAUCGUGCAGCUGCAUUGGCACUUGCAAUGGGAGGUUCAGUAGAAGAUCGGAGCGAUUUGAGACGAAUGAUGGCUAUUACACUUUAUACCGGUGAAGAGUAUUUACAAGCACAAAUGUAUACAAUUGCUGCUAUGCAUAUAAUAUUCAAUGGAACUAAUAGUCCGGAAAGUAUAUCGAAAAUAGGUGAUUUACAAAAACUAUUAGGAAAAAUCCAAAAUAUUCAUCAACAACCUACGGCAACAUCAAAUACCGAAUUAUCAUCUUCAACUCAGCUUGUUUCCCUAUCCAAUCAACAAUCGUCUUCAGUUAUGCUAAAAGCGCAAAUCAAAAACGAACUAAAAUCUGUUGUACUUCAACAAUGUUUAGUUCGAGGCGAAGAAAAACAAAUUAAAACACCACAAGAAUUAAUCUUAGCUGCCAAAACCAAAGUCGCUCAAUACGACACUCUAACAGCUACAAUGUGCGGAGCAACUACUCUCGCUGGUGUAGCUACAGGCGCUCAAGUGUAUCAAACCAUAUCAACGGGACUUUUGUUAGGCUCAACAGUUGGACCAGUUGGAGCGGUUCUUGGAAUUACUGGAGGAUUAGUCAUCAUUGCUGGUGGAGCUCUAUUAACGAAAAAAUCUUAUGAUAGUGCUCGGAAUCUUUCGGAAGAGCCAGCAAUACGUAGUGUGCUUAAUGAACGAUUGCCGAAAGCCAUGGAUUAUUGUAAACACCAAAUGUAUAGUGAAUUUUUAUAUCUAUUAGCUUUGCCAUACUGGGAGAAAUCACAUCUGCUAAGAAUCGAAGUUCAUGAAGAUUCGAUUGAAAUCAAAAUUGAUUCUCAACAUAUCAUCAAACAAUUAUUAAAACAUGAAUUUCGUCCGGAUGGAAUUGCUUAUCUAUUAAUCUUAAUUGGUGAAGCAUUACUCAAUAAACCAAAAUUAACCGCACCGGAAUCCAAGGAUAAAAACGCGAGUCUACGUCAACCAACCCAAUCGACAUUUCAUGAAUUAGCAUCGAUUUUAUUUCGUGAUGUUUUUAAGAAAAGUUUGCCAUUACAAGACAAGGCUAAACAAUUAGAUGCUCAAGUACAGAAAAAGCAUUUAGACAACUUAACUUUAAACAAACUUCAAUAUUUUUGGCGUUCGAUGGUCUCAUCAAAAUACUCCUCUUAUGUUUAUUCCAUCCCGGAAGAAUAUUUCAAAGAUGCAUUGAAAACUCCAUUUACAACUCGGUUAGACGAACUAGGUGAUAUCGCUCGUUUGAAUUACGCAAUUACACAAAUCAUCAUCGGUGGAGUCGACAAUCUGGAUGAAAGCCAAGAAACGAUUUUAGAAAUCAAACGAAAGAAGAUUGUGACAGAAAAUAAUCAAUUUUUCCAAGUAUCACAAUUGACAAUGCAAGCUAUCGAUGAUUUGAUAAUGGCAUUUGGUUUAACACCAAAACCAUUGGUUGAUCAGAAUCUUUUAGCAUUGGAAAAUAAAUUUCUUUCACAAAUCUUUUAUUCAUUUAAUCAAUUGAAUUUUCGUUUCAACAAUCUCAUUCAACGCAUUCCAUUACAUGUCGAUUUGCAAACUUUUCCACGCUCAAUACAUCAACGUUUUUGUGAAGCAAUGUUACAUGAUUCUGAGAUGAAGAAAUACAUUUAUUCAUUGCAUUUAUCCAACAAAGAUACCGGUAUUUGUAUUCGAUCAUUUUUCAGAAUGUUUUCGUUGAACGACUUUCCACAUUUACAAUCGUUAACUUUAACCGACAUAAAUUCAACGAAUAUGGAUCAAUUAGUGCCAAUGCUGACGUAUAUACCUUCAUUGAAAUGUUUCCAUCUGAACAAUCCCAAAUUUGAUCCCAGUGAGAUCAUUUCUUCAUUAUAUUGUUCCGAAAUACGAACAUUAACACUCCCUCAAUUACCUAAGAAUUUAACAUUGUUACGCCGCUUUUCGUCCUUGAAAAGUUUGACUAUUGAUAGCUGCAGUAUAUAUCAAUUACUUCAGGUACUGAAUGAUUUAUCUACUUUAGAAUAUCUUCAAAUCAAUUACUUAUCGACAAAUGCUGGAACAUCUGACAGAGUAAACUUUAAAUUUACUCAUUGUCUUCGACAUUUGGUUAUCAACCAUACUGAUUAUGGAUUUGGGGAUAUUGAAAUGAUAAUACGUCAUACACCAAAUUUAAAUCUUUUUACAUUAUUUGCUUCUUUCCGCUAUGAUCAAAUGAAUGUUCAGAAAUGGAAACAUUCGUUACGCAUUUACUUAUCUCAUUUGAAGGUUUUCAAGUUUUGUUAUCAAUAUAACUACAAAAGAGACCACAGAGAUCGGGCGAAAGAAACAUUAAGGGUGCUUCAAAACGAUUUUCAGGACGACUUCAAUAAUGGGUUAAUUGAAUAUGUCUUAUCACAGGACACAGUAAUGAUCUAUACCGUACCAUAUGCAUUUUCGACAUUCCAAUUACACUUGGAUAUGGGGCGAUAUCGUAAUACAGCACUAGAUGACGGAAAUACAUUUAGUAAUGUAAGAAAAUUAACGAUUCAUGGGACUCCAUAUAAAAUGAAUAAUCAUUUCUAUUUUUUUUAUAAUGAUCAAUCACCAGAAUGGUCUCCAUAUCGAGAAAAUAUGUUCAACUGUCUUACAAUGACCAGCAAUUUCUCUCAUGUCAAACAUUUAGAUGCUUCACAUGUUUUCAAUUUUGAAAAUCCGUCAAUAUUCUUAGAAAUACUGAAAAAUACUCCAGAAUUAUCUUCAUUAACUAUCUCCUUUAAAAUGCUUCGAUUAUCGCUUGAUAAUGACGAAUUAUGUCAAUCUCUGAAACGAAUGAUUCAUCAGUUAUGUAUUACGAAUUCAUGGUCUUUCUCGUAUGACAGCAUGUAUGAAAAGUUUUGUAAUGUAUUUUCAAAUAUUGAACAACUGACAUGUUCUGUUGAGAAGGAAUGUCAAAUGAUGCAUCUAUUAACUAGUUUACCGAGAUUAAUAUGUGCAGAUUUCACUGUAACUAAAUGCGAUGGAGACGAUAGAACAUCGUGGUCAAAUACUCGCUUAAGUGAAUUAGGCAUGGAGUAUCUUGUUCAUAACUUAAGUUAUACGCAUUCAUGUUAUUCUNCUUAA